AUGUGUUUUGCUACUGAAACAGAAACUGAAAAAGAACAUUAUGUGAAAGAAUGUAGUACUACUCUUAAUUUUCUCUUUCUACUGACUAAGCUUCCUGACCUGAAGCUUCCAGAAGACAAAUUACAAGAAUAUUUUAUUGGCAAAUGCAAAACAUUUCAAACAUUUAAGAAUUCAAAACUUGAAGUUCAAGAUUCAUAUUCUAUUCCUUUGCUGGCUACUCAAAAGUCUGACUUUGUAUUUAUUGCAAAAGGUGAUCCUCUAAAUGCAUUACAUGUUAUUGCCGUUAGAAAAACCCGAACAGAAUCAAUAAAUUUGAAUCGAGUACAAAAAAACAGAACCUUGAGCAAUAAAGCAAAGGGGAAAUAA